AUGGUUCUUCAGUCCUCCAGGAUAGAAAUCUUGAAUGAUGGUGGUUUACGAUCUGACGGCAGGCGUCAAUAUGAGCUGCGAGAUAUCACCAUCGAAUUUUCUUUGCAGGGACAUUCAGAUGCCUCGGUCACGUUUCAGCAUGGACUGACACAAGUGCUCGUUUCUGUCCUGGGGCCGCAUGAGGCGAGGAUGCGUUCACAAACUGCCCACGACCGCGCUAUUAUUAAUGUGGAGGUCAACGUUGCCGCGUUCAGCACGGGAGAGCGGCGAAGACGCACAAGAGGUGACAAACGACUGCUAGAGCUCGCCUCUACUAUCAAAUCGACCUUUGAGCCCGUUGUCCAGACGCAUCUCUACCCAAGAUCUCAAAUAGAUAUUUUCGUUCACGUCAUCCAACAGGAUGGCGGUCUCCUUCCUGCCUGUAUCAACGGCGCAACAUUGGCGCUUGCCGCCGCUGGCAUACCGUUGUCUGACUUUGUGUGUGCGAUCACAGGUGGCGUACACUCAACGUCCCCUUUGUUAGACCUCAACACACUCGAGGAGAACGACGUUCCUCAUGUCACCGUUGCUAUGAUGCCUCGUACAGAACGCGUUGCACUUGUGACAAUGGAAACUCGUUUACGUGCUGAGAAUUUUGAAGAGAUCUUUAAGUUGGCUAUUGACGCGGGCAAGGUUCUGUAUAUGGAGAUGAAGGCUGCGCUUCAAAGACGCACUCGCGCGCUAGUGGUGGCAUUGGGUAGCGGUUCCAAAGCAACGACACAAGCGACGGCGUUUGACGUAGACGAAUUAUGA